CCCUAGAGCGGCUCUGGCUAGCUUUGCCCCCCGUGGGGGGUGAAAGCCAGAAGACCUCGAGAGACGCCCCUGGCUCGGUUGCCGUCGUCGAAUCUCCGAAUCGCCUGUUCUCACUCCCAAUCCCGUCCCGGAUAUCGGGGUUUAAAAGCCCAGUUCCCUGGGCUCUGGGACCUGGAUGUGUUCCUUGCGUCCUGCCAUGAGCCGCAACGUCCAGCCCCGCAGCCCGGGCCUGCUGCUCCCUGCCGCCCGAGGCUCCCCAUCCAAGCGCCUCCUGGACGGCGACGAGGCAGCCGCGGUGGCGGCCAAAUGCCUACGGCUGUCCGAAUGCCCGAACCCUCCGGACUACCUCAGCCCUCCCAGCUCCCCCUGCACUCCCCCGCCCGCGCCCUCGCCCUCGGCGCCCGGCGGCAGCGCUCCAGGACCCAGCCGAAUCGCCGGCUACCUUCUGUUGCCUCUAGCCGAACGGGAGAAUGUGUCCCGGGCGCUGAGCAUCCACACUGGGCAGGAGUUGCGCUGUAAGGUGUUCCCUAUUAAACACUACCAGGACAAAAUCCGGCCUUAUAUCCAGCUGCCAUCUCACAGAAACAUCACAGGGAUUGUUGAAGUGAUUCUCGGGGACACAAAGGCAUAUGUCUUUUUCGAAAAGGACUUUGGGGACAUGCACUCCUACGUGAGAAAUCGGAAAAGGCUUAGGGAAGAGGAGGCCGCCCGGCUCUUCAAGCAGAUCGUCUCUGCAGUUGCCCACUGCCACCAGUCUGCCAUUGUGUUGGGUGACUUAAAGCUCAGGAAAUUUGUCUUCUCCACUGAGGAGAGGUGAGUGUGACAGCUAAUGUUGUAUAACUUUUCUGCAUUUGCAAUGAAUUUUCAUGUUGAUCCUGUUAGUUCAGAUUUCCAGUUUAAAAAAAAAACUGUUAUACCAGAUUUAUUAUUUAAGAGACCCAACACACACUGUCCCUUGCCCCAAUUAAAAAAAAAUGCAACCUUUUGUUUAUCUUCAACUCUCUUAGAAGAUCUAGGAAAUAGUUUGAAUGGAUAAAAUAUGAUUAUAGAACCUUUCCCUUCCAAAAUCACAAAUGAUGUCAGGCCACAAGUAUGUAGCAUAAAAAGCACGUCUUUAUGAUAUAGCUAUUUAUUACUCUUUUAUAGCAUUCCGUCUCAUGGGGGAACUUUUCAAAGAGUUGUGGGCUUUUGGAAAGGAUGGAUG